AUGGUGCUUGAAAGAAAGUAUAUCGGCCUCAUACUAGCGAUAUGCUCCAGUUGUCUUAUUGGUACAUCGUUUGUUAUCACUAAGAAGGGUCUUCAGCGAUCAUCGACCGAACAUGGAUGUGCCACCGACUCUCAUCGCUAUUUGAAAAAUCCAAUUUGGUGGAUCGGUUUAACGACAAUGGUGGGCGGGGAACUAUUGAACUUUAUAGGAUACACUUUUGCUCCUGCGAUCCUCAUUACGCCAUUAGGGGCUUUGAGUGUCAUUGUUGGCGCAAUCUUGGCUUCCAUCUUCUUGAAGGAGCGUAUGGGACCUACUGGGAUUAUCGGAUGUGUCUUGUCUCUUAUUGGUGCGGUGAUUAUUGUCCUGCACGCCCCAGAAGAUCCAGAUGUCCAAAGCGUCCAAGAACUUGUUCAGUACAUGACACAACCAGGUUUCAUGAUUUACGGAGUUCUUGUGAUAAUUGUUACUGUUGGACUGAUUUGGAAAGCCGUGCCCAGAUGGGGAAAAGAAAACGUCAUUGUGUACGUGGCCAUAUGUUCGUUGAUUGGUUCCUUGUCCAUUAUGGCCAUCAAAGCGUUCGGCAUCGCUGUUCGCCUGACGAUUGCGGGAAACAACCAGUUCAAGCAGCCAUCUACUUAUGUUUUCGCCUUUAUGUGUGUCAUAUUCGUAUUGACCCAAGUGAACUACUUUAAUAAGGCUUUGGAUACCUUUUCCACGAAUGUUGUCAAUCCCGUUUAUUUUGUGUUUUUCACAACGGCGACCAUUAUUGCUUCCGCGAUCAUGUAUCAAGGGUGGCACACGAAUGAUGCAGUCAACACUAUCAGUCUAAUUUGUGGAUUCUUGAUUAUUUUCUGUGGCGUUUAUUUACUUGAUAGCAUUGCACGCACAAAACACAAUAUCAACGAUGAGCAUGGAUAA